UCCCUCCCCCUGAGCAGAGUGCUUUAAAAGUAGCAGUUUGCUUGCCUGUGUAGUCAGGCAGCACAACAGGAGAACCACAACAACAUGGAUUUUUCCAAAAACGCAACAGAGCGACCAGAGCCUCUAAAGGCUGAAGUGAAAGGGAACAUGCCCACCUGGUUGCAAGGCACACUACUGCGCAACGGCCCCGGGAUCUUCUCAGUGGGGGACACCAGCUAUGACCAUUGGUUUGAUGGCAUGUCCAUCAUGCACAGCUUCUCUUUCAAGGAAGGUGAAGUGACACACAGAAGCAGGUUCCUGAGGAGUGAUACCUACAAAUCCAACAUGGAGUCUAAAAGAAUUGUUGUGUCGGAAAUGGGAACAAUGGCCUAUCCGGACCCAAGCAAAAACUUCAUUGUCAAAGCGAUCACCUUCCUCAACCACACAGUGCCUGACUUCACAGACAACGGCGCUAGCAAUUUCAUCCAAUACGGCCAGGAUUAUUUUGCCACAUCGGAAACCAACUACAUUCGGAAAAUUGACCCUGUGACCCUGGAGACAUUGGACAAGGUGGACUACUUAAAGUUCCUCCCUGCCAACUUGGCAUCAUCCCAUCCACACUAUGACAAGGAGGGCAACACCUACAACAUGGGCACUUCUAUAGCUGAGAAGGGCAAGACUAAAUACAUACUGUUCAAAGUCCCUGCCGCUUCCCAGAAAGACAAAGACAAGAAAGCUUUGGCACUGAAGAACGUGCAGGUGAUCUGCUCCGUGCCCUGCCGCACCCUCCUGACUCCCAGCUACUACCACAGCUUCGGCAUGACGGACAACUACUUCAUUUUCAUCGAGCAGCCGUUCAAGCUGGAUAUCGUCAGGAUGGCCACCGCUUACAUGAGGGGCGUCAACUGGGCCAGCUGUUUGAAAUUCUGCCCAGAAGAAAAUACUCUGAUCCACUUAAUAGACAGAAAGACGGGCAAAGCAGUGGAAACUAAAUACUACACGGGCGCCAUGGUCGUCUACCAUCAUGUGAACGCCUUCGAGAUGGAGGGUCAUGUGAUUGUUGACGUCAUAGCCUACAAAGACCACAGUCUUUAUGAAAUGUUUUACAUGAGCAAGCUGAAAGAAAAUCGUGGAAAUCGCGACGAAAGCUACUCCAAACCAAGCUACAAGAGAUUUGCAAUUCCCGUGCAGUCAGACAAGGGAGCCGCAAUAGGACAGAAUAUGGUGAAGGUAAAAUGCACCACAGCCAGCGCAGUGAAAGAGAAGGAAGGCAAAUUGAUGUGUGAGGCAGAGGUGCUUUGUGAAGGGCUUGAACUGCCUCGAAUUAACUACGACCUAAAUGGCAAGAGCCACCGCUUUGUUUACGGCAACUGUGUGGAGCAAUCUGCGCUGGCUAAAGAGAUUGGCAAGUUUGACGUAGAAACCAAGCAAAUGUUGACCUGGAGCGAAGACAACUGCUGGCCGUCUGAGCCGUUGUUUGUCCCAAGACCGAAUGGCGAAACAGAGGAUGACGGCGUGGUGUUAUCAUCUGUGAUCAACAACAAUCCCGACCAGUUGAACUUCAUCUUGGUUCUGGACGGCAAAACAUUAAAGGAGGUUGCCCGCGGGUACUUGAAGACUGAGCUCCACAAAGACGUACAUGGGUUCUUUAUUCCUGAUGGAAAUUAAUCUUUUAUUGUGCACAUGAAAUAUAUUUAGGAAUGACGAAAAACACACUGACAUUGGAAAAGUGUGCCAAAAAAGAAACGUAACACAACAUACACUCCAGUAUAACUGAGGCUUGUAGCUUAUUUGCAUGUCAUAAACUGUAUUAUAAUACCCACCCUUUUUGUGCUAUUUUGUUUCUGUGUAUCUGUGUUGGCCCUGCGAUGAGGAAGCCACUUGUCCAGGGUGUACCCCGCCUUCCGCCCGAUUGUAGCUGAGAAAGGCACCAGUGCCCCCCGCGACCCCAAAUGGGAAUAAGCGGUAGUAGUUGGAUGGAUGGAUGUUUUGAUUGGCAACACUAAAUUGGCCCUAGUGUGUGAAUGUGAGUGUGAAUGUUGUCUAUCUGUGUUGGCCCUGCGAUGAGGUAGUGACUUGUCCAGGGUGUACACCGCCAUCCGCCUGAUUGCAGCUGAGAUAGGCGCCAGCGACCCCAAAGGGAAUAAGCGGUAGUAAAUGGAUGGAUGGAUGUAUGUUUGGAACAAAACUAUCUUUAGUUUCAACCAAAAGUAUGAAUGACUCCAUUAUUUGGCAAACAGUCAUCCAUGUGAAAUAUUUUAUCAUGUUGGUCUUUAACCUUUUGUCUUUGUAUCACACUGUACAAGUUUAGCUUCAAUAAACAAGGGGCUAUA